AUGUUGAAGUUAUCUCCUGGGGGUAUUGUCCUACUGGCGUUGAACCAAUCUCGAGUUGCCCAGGCUUCAAUUGAAUUUGCAAAGGAGUUUUUCGAUAAGCUGUUCAUAUACAAGAACAGAAAAGCUGUCAGGAUUUUAUUGGUUGCAAGUCACUUUGCAACCCUAUUUAAGUCGUCUAAUGCUCGCAAUAUUGACGGUUUGAGGCUUCAAAUCUCACUGUUUGACAGUCAACAAAUUCUAAUUGCCGUUAAACUGAACGAGAAAAUUUUGAAAAUGUACUCGGCAAGUUUUCGUUUAAUUGACCUGGAGAGCGAUGUCAUGGCGUCUCGGUAUAAAAGUUUGUAUAACGAACAACGAGAAUUGCGUAAUCUAAGCGACGAAAGCAGAAUCAAGCUCAUGUCAAUUGAUAUUCGCAUCCUCAAUGGAUUUCUCGCAACGGUUCCAGGUGCCACAGAAGAACUUGUUAUUGAGAUUCUUUCCGAGCGUGUCAGUUUUACGGGUUACUCCAGAUGUAUACUCAAAGACGAGGAUUAUCUUCGCCUGCCUAUGGCUGUGUCAGUAGGACUUCCGAUUCAAGAUCUUGCGGUUUGUGACGUGAUCUCGUCUGGUUCUCUUGACAUCAAAGAUUAUUCAACCAGGUUUAGCACUGGAAUGAAAGAAAUUCGUCUAUUCAUCGACCUCGUCACUUCUUUACAAAAUCCGAUGCUGGAAGAAUUUGAGGAUCUCAGUGCGGGUAAACUCAUUAAUGUGUGGUUUAAAUCGCCAGCUGAUCCCAUUGUGUUCGAGCUGGAAGGAUCACGGCUAACUGUAUGUUUCACUCAGCUAGGUGCGGAGCUUAAUAAUGAUCCUACAACGAAGGAACUGGUCAACGUGACAAACACUGAAAAGCGAAGUCACAAGAGACAAGACAAAGAUUUGUCCACAAAACGUCAAAAGGUAUAUCCACAGCACUUGCCGGAGUCUAUUAUUUCUACUGAAUCCACUAGCUCAGAGGUAGAGGCUCGGGUUGUUUCGCAAACUGAACAGUUUCAUAAUGUGGAAGAACUCGGACCAACACAGGUCGACAAGCCAAAGUCACUUUUUGAUUAA